CGUAAAUACAUUUACUGUUUUGACCCUUUCACUGUUUCUGCCUCAUCUUCCCUUCUCCCCUCUUUCUCAACCAGAAGUUUCUACAUGCCAAUUAUUAUUUUUUUGUCACAGUGGAGAUCAAACUCACUCAAGUUAUCGUGUGUAUAAAAUCUGCUCCUUCGGAGCUUGUAAAUCUUCUUAAUUUCUUCAUCUUCACCUCAACAUUCCAGGGAUCGAGGCUUUUGGCCUCGUUGAUCUGCUGUUGCUCUGUCGAAUCGCGAAUGAUGAUGAUGUGGAUGAGUCUUGCCAGAUUAGCCGCGGCGGCUAGAGCCGGCGGAUCUCGGCGAUGCUUGUCGACGGCUAUUCCCGGGCCUUGCAUCGUCCACAAGCGAGGCUCUGACAUUCUUCAUGAUCCAUGGUUCAAUAAGGAUACAGGGUUUCCUUUGACUGAGAGGGAUAGAUUAGGGCUCCGAGGUCUCCUUCCGCCUCGUGUUAUAUCAUUUGAGCAGCAGUAUGCCCGUUUCAUGGAGUCUUUUGGAUCACUAGAGAGAAAUACUCAGGGGCAGCCAGAGAAUGUUGUAUCUUUAGCAAAAUGGAGGAUUUUGAAUCGAUUGCAUGACCGUAAUGAGACUUUAUACUACCGAGUCCUUAUCGAUAACAUCAAAGAUUUUGCGCCGAUUAUAUACACUCCCACUGUUGGGCUGGUUUGUCAGAACUAUUCAGGUCUGUUUAGAAGACCACGAGGAAUGUACUUCAGCGCCAAAGACAAAGGAGAGAUGAUGUCUAUGAUAUAUAAUUGGCCUGCUCAGCAGGUAGAUAUGAUCGUUAUUACAGAUGGUAGCCGUAUUCUUGGCCUAGGUGACCUUGGAGUCCAGGGAAUUGGAAUACCUAUUGGGAAACUUGAUAUGUAUGUCGCUGCAGCGGGCAUCAAUCCACAAAGAGUCUUGCCAGUUAUGUUAGAUGUGGGAACAAAUAAUGAGAAGCUCCUAGAGAACCAUCUUUAUUUAGGACUUCGACGACGUAGGUUGGAAGGAGAAGAGUAUCUUGAGAUUGUUGAUGAAUUCAUCGAAGCUGUAUCCGCCCGUUGGCCAAAGGCUGUUGUGCAGUUUGAAGAUUUCCAAAUGAAAUGGGCUUUUGAAACUCUGGAAAGAUAUCGGAAAAGGUUCUGCAUGUUCAAUGAUGAUGUCCAGGGAACUGCUGGUGUUGCUUUGGCUGGACUUUUGGGAACAGUUAGAGCCCAAGGUCGGCCUUUGUCAGACUUUGUAAACCAAAAGAUUGUUGUGGUUGGAGCUGGGAGUGCAGGGCUUGGCGUUCUUAAGAUGGCAGUACAGUCAGCUGCGAGAAUGGCCGGGAUCAGUGAGACAGCUGCAAUGAAAAACUUCUACCUCAUAGAUAAAGAUGGACUUAUCACCGUGGAGCGGACAAAACUCGACCCAGCAGCAGCACCUUUUGCUAAAGAUCGAGCUGAGAUUUCAGGCCUAUCUGAAGGAGCAAGUAUCGUUGAAGUGGUAAAGAAAGUCAGACCGCAUGUUCUUCUUGGUUUAUCUGGAGUUGGUGGUAUCUUCAGUGAAGAAGUUCUCAGGGCAAUGCGAGAAUCCGAUUCAAAGAAACCUGGCAUUUUUGCCAUGUCAAAUCCUACCCUGAAUGCUGAAUGCACUGCCGCCGAUGCUUUCAAGUACGCUGGAGAAAAUAUAGUCUUCGCAAGUGGAAGCCCAUUUCAAAAUGUUGACCUUGGAAAUGGUAAAAUAGGCCAUGUGAAUCAGGCUAACAACAUGUACCUAUUCCCUGGAAUCGGGUUAGGAACACUUCUAUCUGGUGCACGUAUCAUAACUGAUGGAAUGCUUCAAGCAGCGGCUGAGUGCCUCGCAUCCUACAUGACGGAGGAAGAAGUGGAGAGAGGCAUCCUUUACCCUUCUAUAAACAACAUCCGACACAUAACAGCAGAGGUUGGAGCUGCUGUUCUACGAGCAGCCGUAACUGAAGACAUUGCAGAAGGGCACGGUGAUGUUGGCCCCAAAGAUUUGAGCCACAUGUCAAAGGAGGAGACAGUGAACUAUAUAACGCGCAACAUGUGGUACCCAGUCUACAGCCCUCUGGUUCACGAGAAGUGAUCAGAAAUCAAGUAUUUGUUUGUUGUUCAUCAGACCCCAUAAAAGCCAAGGCAUUCUCUCUUUUUUUCCUCGGGGGUGGUGAAAACAUUCUUAUUCCGAGUUUAUGAAACUGUAAUAGGUAAAAAGCUUUUUGCCAUCAGCAGCAGAAACAGGGGAGGUAGUUGCAGGCAACCUAUUGAAGAAAGCUUUAAAAGUAGUUGGGUUUAUUAUGUCUGAGCCCAACUGUUCAUGACACUUGCAUAAGUUACAGAGACCCAUCGGUUCAUUUCUUC